CUCGCUCUCUCUUGACACGUCCCCUAUUUGGUAAAAGCCCUAUUUUUCAGUGCACUGCUCUCUCUCUCUCUCUCUCUCUCUCAACUUUAAAUCCUUGCUCCAUUUUUCUCUCUGAAUCAAAACAUCGGGCGAAAUCACCACUUUUAAGAGUCAGUUACUGAAACUCUCCGGGUUGGUCGUCAGGAUUGCCUAGCACCGACGAUUCUGUACAUUUUAAUCCUCAGCUCAUAGUUAUUUGGUCAAUUGAAGUGCUUUGACUCAUUAUAGGCAACAUGCCAAGGUACUAUUGCGACUAUUGCGAUACUUACUUAACUCAUGAUUCGCCAUCUGUAAGGAAACAGCACAAUGCAGGAUAUAAGCACAAGGCCAAUGUACGUUCCUAUUAUCAGCAAUUUGAGGAGCAACAAACUCAAAGUUUGAUCGAUCAGAAAGUUAAAGAACAUCUUGGCCAGACUGCAGCAUUCCAACAGCAAGUUGGUGUGGCCUUCAAUCAGCAUCUUAUGUCACUCCAAUCGAACCCUCAGAGGCCUCGGAUUCCUGUUCUUCCUCCUGUUUUACCAAUUCCAUCAACUUCUCAAGCACCCAUCAAUCCAUCAAUGAUGCCAAUGCUCAGGCCCCCUCUUCUGCCACCACCAACUUCUGGUGCUCCAGGGUACAGUGCAGCUCCAGGUAUGACUCCACUCUCAGGACCACCAGGAACCGCACCACCAAUGCCCCUUAACCCUUUGCCGAGGCCUCUCAAUAUGCCCAACACAGGGGCUCCAGCUUCUAAUGGAGGUGCGUUUCCUAACAUGAACGUGCCAACAUAUCAACAACCAAACUCAGCAGGAACAGCAAGUGGGAGUGGGUUUGAGGGUUUUAACAUGCUACCAACAAGCAGUGGCACCCUCCCAUCAUCUGUAACCUCAUCCGCACCAUCCCAGGAUGGCUAUGCUUUUCCCCAGUAGGGCAAUCACUCCUACCCAUCUCAUUAGAAACUCGUUUCUUUUUGCUCCUCUUUUUCAGCAUAUUUUUGCUUUUGAAGAGGAAUUGAAAUGUAAUACACAAAAAUGGGUCUGGAUCCCCACUAAGAUGCGAAUUUAAAUCACCUUGAAUUGUGAGUUCAGAGUGGUAGCAAGUUUUGGGUCUCGAUUUGUAAGAAACAGGAAUCGAUCUGGUUGUGACUGAGGAACAUAAAAGUGGUUUUCAUGUAUGCUUUUAAGUGAUUCAUGUUGUUAUGGGAAGGGAUUUAACAUUUCCGAAGUGAACCUCUGUUGUAUAAAAACGGCAUUGCCCCUGUUAAUUAGUACCAUGGUUACAUAAG